CAUUGGAUUGGAGCAAUGAAAAGGGGAGGAGCAGGGGAGAAUGGGUGGAGAUGCUUUAAUAUGCUCUUGUGGAUUUGACAUCUGUCCAUCUGCCUCAGUCCCCAGAAAUUAUAAAAAGAAUCAAGAAAACAAGUCUUACUGGUCACAUUUUUUGAGCUGUUAUUUUUAAAUGUUGAUGGAGGUAGCUAGAGAAGGGUCCAGAGAUGAAGAAAUUGAUAAGGCCUAGACGGGUCUAACCUCUUUAUAUAGGUUAAAUUUUUUUUCCGUAAAUAGAAGUUUGGAUCCAUUGUUGUUUAACAGAUCUGACAGCCCAUUUCCAUUUCAGCUGUUUUUAGCUCAUGGAUUACUGGCCUCGUUUGAAUUUGCUUUUAUUGAUUUAGAUUUCUAGAAUAUUGGUUGGCAAUUGGGUUUACUGUUAGGCAUGGAAAAUGGUCUCUUGAAACCCAACACUCACAUUCCAAGAUCAUUCUUCAUGGGGCAUGAAUUGGUUGAAAAAUGACAGCUUGCGUAAUUUUAGAGGGGUUGGAGGGUAACUUUUUGUACUACCCAGAUAAGGAUUUUGAUGGAGGAGAUGUCUCCGGCGGUUGCUGUGCCAUUUAGAUUAGGUAAUUCAGUCUGUGAUAACCCAACUGUAGCUAGCCAUAUGGAUGUCACAAGAUUUAAGCUCAUGACGGAUGCAACGAGCUUGUUAUCUGAUUCUGCAACCCAGGUUUCUACUGAGUCUAUUGCUGGUGAAGAUGAUAACUGCAGUGAUCUGGAGAAUGAGGUUAGUGUUGUAGCGGUGUCAGUACCGGUGGAGAAUAGGGAAGAGGGAGCUGCUUUGUUGGAUAUGGUAUCUGAAAAUAAGAGCAAUUGGGUUGCUGGUGAUGAUGUUGUAAUCCGGGAAAGUGAGGAGGAUGAUUUCUUAUCAGUUGAGGGUGAUCCUAUUUUGGAUAGCUCUUGUUCUCUUUCUGUGACAAGUGAGACUAGUAGCAUAUGUGGUGAGGAUUUGUUAGCAUUCGAGGCUAAUUUUGAGACAGGAACGCCGGGUUCUUUAGAUAUUGAGAAGGACGGUUGCAAUGAUCCGAUUAUUGCUAAGUCAUCUCAUUUGGGGGAAUUGAAUGCUGAGCAGGAGAUUGUGAGUGAUUCCCUUGCAGUGACCAGUCUUGAGGAAGAAAUUGGAUUUAGACCUGAACUGAAAUCAUCUGAAGUUGUUAUUCAGUUGCCUGUGGAAAAAGGGGUAAGUGGAACACUUGUUCGUAGUGUGUUUGAGUUGGUUUAUGUGCCCCUUUGGGGAUUUACGUCUAUCUGUGGAAGGAGACCUGAGAUGGAAGAUGCAGUUGCAACCGUGCCUCGGUUUUUUCAGAUCCCUAUUCAAAUGCUAAUUGGCGAUCGAGUAAUUGAUGGCAUGAGCAAGUGUGUCAGUCAUUUAACGGCCCAUUUCUUCGGGGUUUAUGACGGUCAUGGAGGGUCUCAGGUUGCAAACUAUUGUCGCGAUCGCAUCCAUUCUGCUUUGGCCGAGGAAAUAGAGACUGCCAAGACAGGAUUUAGUGAUGGAAAUGUUCAGGAUUAUUGCAAAGAGCUGUGGACCAAAGUGUUAACAAAUUGUUUUCUUAAGGUUGAUGCUGAGGUUGGAGGAAAGGCUAGUCUUGAACCUGUUGCUCCAGAAACCGUUGGUUCUACUGCUGUUGUUGCCAUUAUUUGUUCAUCCCAUAUUAUUGUGGCAAAUUGUGGUGAUUCAAGGGCAGUCCUGUACCGUGGUAAAGAACCUAUAGCUUUAUCGGUCGAUCAUAAGCCAAAUCGAGAAGAUGAAUAUGCUAGGAUUGAGGCAGCUGGAGGCAAAGUCAUACAGUGGAAUGGGCAUCGAGUUUUUGGUGUUCUUGCAAUGUCAAGGUCUAUUGGUGAUAGGUAUUUGAAACCGUGGAUUAUACCUGAACCAGAGGUGACAUUUAUUCCUCGGGCAAGAGAAGAUGAAUGCCUCAUUCUAGCAAGUGAUGGGCUAUGGGACGUGAUGACGAAUGAGGAGGUAUGUGAUAUAGCCCGAAGAAGAAUACUCCUCUGGCACAAAAAGAAUGGUGUGACGAUGCUCCCCUCAGAAAGAGGCCAGGGGAUCGACCCUGCAGCUCAAGCAGCAGCAGAGUGCCUCUCAAACCGGGCUCUUCAGAAGGGAAGCAAGGACAACAUCACAGUGAUUGUGGUGGAUUUGAAGGCUCAGAGGAAGUUCAAGAGCAAGACCUGAAGGUGAAGGUGAAAAGGCACCCAUGAAAUGGGCGAAAAAUUCAAUCUAUAUAGUAGCUGUAUGAUACUAAACUACUUCAUAUGGGGUCAAAAUAUUAGUUCUGAUGAGCCCAUCUGUUUUUCACCUGGGCAAUUGUUGCUUUAUAAGUGGUAGCAGUCUGUAUGUACCCCCCUAUAGAACAUGCACCAUUUUGGAACUCUUCAUUGUUUUGAAUUCUUGUCAUACACCGUGCCGCCACCGAGAUCUGGCUUUGUAAAUCUGUUAGGUGUUUGUAGUAGGAUUUAGGAGAUCACAGGAGAGUUCCCCCCUUUCCCCCCAUGUUCCCCCAGUCAACAAUGAAGUUGUGGAUGAUUGUAUUCGUUAUGCCUCCGAGUUUUUUCAAGGCUCUGUGAGGUUUUUUCACUUCA